CAUCAACUACUGCUUCUUCUCCCUUCGUCUUCUCCCUUCACCCCAUUCUCUUCUUUUCUUUUGCAUUGCUUCUAUUGGCUUAUUUCUUCUAGUUUCCUUUCGGACUUUACUAUCGGGAAAAGAGCCCCUCGCUGAUCGGCUCAAUCCCUCCGUCUGCGGCUCACCCUGAAGCUGUCGCCAUUCCCCGCAGUCCCCUGCAUUCACUCCUCCGACUUCAGUUUCCCCCAGCGACGGCGCGAUCCGGUCGUCGCUAGAGCUUUCUUGGCACAAUGGCGAUGAGUAGGAUUCGGGGGGCCUUUGCGGUCCCCAGAAAGGGAGAGACUUUUGAGUUGCGAUCUGGUCUUGUGUCCCAAUAUGCAUAUGAACGCAAGGAAUCGAUCCAGAAGACUAUCAUGGCCAUGACGCUGGGCAAGGAUGUCUCCUCGCUAUUCCCGGACGUUCUCAAGAACAUUGCGACUAGCGAUCUCGAACAGAAGAAGCUGGUCUAUCUUUACCUCAUGAACUACGCCAAGUCCCACCCCGACCUCUGUAUUCUCGCCGUCAACACCUUUGUUCAAGAUUCCGAAGAUCCUAAUCCUCUGAUCAGAGCGCUGGCCAUCCGCACAAUGGGAUGCAUCCGGGUGGACAAGAUGGUGGAUUACAUGGAGGAGCCGCUGCGGAAGACUCUCCGGGACGAGUCGCCGUAUGUGCGCAAGACGGCGGCUAUCUGUGUCGCAAAGCUUUUCGAUUUGAACCCUGCCAUGUGUCUGGAGAAUGGAUUCUUGGAGAUGCUACAGGACAUGAUUGGUGACCCUAACCCCAUGGUCGUCGCCAAUUCGGUAACUGCGCUGUCGGAAAUCUACCAUGCUGCUCCCGAAACACAAGCCUUGAAAGUUACCACCAAUACACUGCGGAAGCUUCUCAUGGCGCUAAAUGAGUGUACGGAGUGGGGUCGUGUUACCAUCCUUACGACCCUUGCGGAAUACAAAACGACCGAAGUGACCGAGUCGGAGCACAUCUGUGAACGUGUUGCGCCCCAAUUCCAGCAUGCCAACCCCAGUGUCGUAUUGGCCGCCGUCAAGGUCGUUUUCCUUCACAUGAAGAACGUCAAGCCUGAGCUGGCUAGUAACUACUUGAAGAAAAUGGCUCCCCCUCUAGUGACUCUUGUGUCCUCUGCGCCUGAGGUGCAGUAUGUGGCCUUGAGAAACAUUGAUCUUCUAUUACAAAAACAGCCUGAAAUUCUGAACAAAGAGCUGCGCGUCUUCUUCUGCAAAUACAACGAUCCCCCAUACGUCAAAUUCCAGAAACUAGAGAUCAUGGUGCGAAUAGCCAAUGACCGGAACGUCGACCAGCUUUUGGCCGAGCUGAAGGAGUACGCACUGGAGGUGGAUAUGGACUUCGUGCGUCGUGCUGUCCGGGCAAUCGGUCAGGUUGCGAUCAAGAUCGAGAGCGCUAGCGAGAAGUGUGUUAACACGUUGCUGGAUCUCAUCAAUACCAAGGUGAACUAUGUGGUGCAAGAAGCUAUUGUGGUCAUCAAGGACAUUUUCCGGAAAUACCCUGGCUAUGAGGGUAUCAUUCCUACCUUGUGCAAGUGCAUCGAUGAGCUGGACGAACCAAACGCCCGUGCGGCUCUCAUCUGGAUCGUGGGUCAGUACGCGGAGAAGAUCAGUAAUGCGGGCGACAUUCUGGCUGGCUUUGUGGAAGGAUUCAAUGAAGAAUUCUCUCAGACCCAGCUACAAAUUUUGACGGCUGUUGUUAAGCUUUUCUUGAAGCGGCCUGAAAAGGCCCAAGGGCUCGUCCAGAAAGUGCUGCAGGCAGCCACCGCAGAGAACGAUAACCCAGACGUGCGCGAUCGAGCCUAUGUCUACUGGCGCUUGCUAUCCAAUACCAGUGAUCCCAAUGCUACCAAGGAUAUCGUUCUGUCCGAGAAGCCGCCCAUCGUGACCACUAUCCAUUCCCUCCCCCCUGCUCUUCUGGAGCAGCUGCUCACUGAGCUGUCGACUCUCGCCUCGGUCUACCACAAGCCCCCAGAGCAAUUUGUCGGCCAAGGAAGGUUCGGCGCCGAUGCCGUCCAGCGAGCUGCCAUUGAGGAACAAAUUCAAAAUGCACGCGAAAACCCACUGGCCGCCGCUGCAGCUGCAGCUGCAGUCACUGGCAGCGCGCCUCCCCCCCAAAGCCAGAACAAUGUCGAAAAUCUGUUGGAUAUCGAUUUCGACGGGACAGCUCCAGCCUCUGCUCAGAAAGAGCCCAGUGGUGGUAUGUCCGGCCUCGAAGGUCUGGCUGGGACACCGGUGCGAGUGGAAUCGCCCGCUGCAGGUGCUCCUGCUGGAAGCAACAACUUGGACGACCUCUUGGGGGUCUUCGGCGAUGGGGGAGGCGCAACGGCCCCGUCCAGCAGCAGCGGUGGUGCGGGGGCAGACUUGAUGAACGGUUUUGCUGGCCUGGAUUUGUCGGGCAAUGGCACGACAUCACCGCCUCCGGGAGGCAGUCAGCCAAAGAAGACCAACGAGGAUAUUAUGUCAUUAUUCUAGGAAAGGAGAGAAGGCUAUGGCUGCAUGAUGGCGAACGACGUUGUAGGACUGGGAGCGAAAGAAACCAAGGAGGCGAGCGCUUAACAAAAGCACACAUAAUUUAGUCCAUGCAUUUUCAAAUAGAUUAUUCUGCCUCGUUAUACCGGCGUGAUCAAGCUGGAUUUGAUUCUUAUUCUUAUCUUCACAUUUCGUGGUUGUUGUCUCUUUCUGUGUUGAUUUAUGUCCCCAAUUGUCUGUAUAUCCCCCUACUUGAACCUUGGGGCACGGUUGCGUCUUUGUAAAUUAACUGACCUUUCUCUCUUCGUUCCUCUGGUCUCUUGACUGGGUAAUGUACUAUACC